AUUGGAAAUUGCAACAAAAAAUCAUAAACUUUGGUCAAGUGGAAGAUCAUAAGGGAGAGACAAUUCGUAAAAAACUUGAAAUGUGCUUACUUGAAUGGAACAUUGGUAGCAUAUUUACAUUGACUGUAGACAAUGCUAGUUCCAACCGCACCACAAUUAAGUUUUUAAAGCGGAAAACAAGGGACUGGAAAGGGACUAUUUUGGGGCGUGAGUUCUUACACAUGCGCUGUUGUGCGCAUAUUCUGAACCUUAUAGUGGGAAAUGGUUUGAAAGAGCUUCAUACAUCCAUUGCUAGAGUUUGUGAAGCUGUGAGGUAUGUAAGGUCCUCUCCCAAUAGAUAUGAAGUUUUUAAGAAGUGUGUUGAGAAACAAAAAGUUGUGUCGAAAAGUCUUGUGUCUUGAUGUGCCAACUAGGUGGAACUCCACUUACCUAAUGUUGGAAGCUGCUGAAAAGGCUUUUGAGAGAUUAGAGGAUGAGGACUCUAAUUACCGAGCUUACUUCAAGGUUUGCGAGGGUGAGGAUGGAGAUGGGCAGGUGUUUGGGGAUGAAGAUGAGAAUGAGGAUGGGGAUAGGGAAAAUGGGCGGAAGAAGUCAAGGAGAUCUCCAACAGCAAGAGAUUGGAAUAAUUGCAGAAUUUUUUUAAAGUUCUUAAAACUUUUUUACAAUGCAACCAAACGAUUUUCAGGUUCUCUUUUUGUUACUUCCAAUUACUUCUUUGAUGAGAUGUUUGUCAUCCAAACCAAGAUAGAGCAAUUAAUCAAAAAGGAUGACAAACUUUUGUCCACAAUGGCACAAAACAUGAAAGAAAAAUUUGAAAAGUAUUGGGGUAAUGGGGAGAAAAUCAACUUACUUGUGUAUGUUGCUGUUUUACUUGAUCCUUGGAAGCAACUGAGGUACUUGAAAUUCUGUUUUGCACAAUUGCUUGUUGAAAGAGUGGUGAAUGAGAUGACAGGACGAGUAAAGGAUUGUUUGUCUCGUUUGUACGAGCAUUAUGCUUCUCAUGAUUCGGUAACUGUAGAAAUGUUUAAUGUGUGCGAAGGAUCAGCGAUGAAGGUUGAUGAUGAUUGUGAUGAUCCACAUCUAUAAUUGCUUCUCAAUUUAAUACUUAUUUGGAAGAAGAAUGCUCUAGUCUGUGUAAAUCUGAGGUUGAUAGGUACUUGGCAGACAGGUGUGAUGCUUCCAAUGAAGAAAAGUUUGAUAUAUUGGGAUGGUGGAAGGUCAAUUCUUCCAAGUAUAGAGUGUUGUCUCAAGUUGCAUGUGAUGUCUUGGCAAUACCCAUCUCUACAGUUGCUUGCGAAUCAGCCUUUAGUAUAGGAGGACGCAUUUUAGACCCAUUUCGUAGUUCAUUAUCUCCAAUGAUGGUGGAGGCUCUGAUAUGUACACAGAAUUGGCUUCAAAGCACAAUUCCUAUUUCUCUUCGGAAGGCAAUGGAUGAUGUGGAGGAACUUGAACAAUAUGACCCUGUAGCUCUUUCUGAAUUGGCAUCAACCUCAAACCCAAGUCCAAAUAUUAUCACACUCUAGUAUGGCUUGAUUUGCAGGCUUCGAUCUUUUUGGUUUCAUGGGGAGUUAACUGACUUUCUUGAUUUUUGGUUUUAUACCAUUAACAUAGAUCAGUACUCUUCUUUUUGACUUUAUGAACAAAUAUUUUUGCACAUGGAUAGUGAUUGGGAUAACUAUACUUCUGAAUGUUUUGAUGGAUUACUGUUUGUAAUUAUGAUAGACUGAAAAUGGAUGGUGACAAACUAAGUAGUUAGCUUAUUUUGUUAGUUUUAAUGUGGAUGGUGGCCAUAGGUGGAAUUUUUUUGGCAAUAGUGUUUAUUGCAUUCGAUGUAUUUUGGACAGAUUCUAUUUCUAUUGCUUCAGAUUAUUUGAUGCAUUUGAUGUAUUUUGGACAAAUUCUAUUUUGGACAGAUCUAUUCCUAGUGCUUCGGAUUAUUUAUUUAGUAUU